CCAAACAGAACGCAAAAAAACGUGACUAUAUCAUGCUACAUAACUGAAUCCGAGUUGCGUGGAAAGCGGACGGUAUAAAUCAACGGAUUUUUCAAUGGCAGCUGGCAUGUGGCAGGCAACGAAUUUGGCUCCAUUUACUAUACAAAAAAACUCCUGAAUUCCAGAGCAGGUAUUCGAUAAGUUAAUGAAAUGUCUUCUUUUUGAUUUAUAAUGCGCAGUUGUCUCGUAAACUAAUGUUUAGACAUGCCUUACCACUUUAAGAUUUGGCAGAGAAAUUGAGAUCAUGUAUGACCAGUGGAUUCAUUGUUGCCGGCCCAACCAAUCAUAGAAUUUUGACGACACUAUAGAGAAGCCAAAGUAGCGGUAUAAAAAGCUCCGUUGAAUUACAGCAUGACACCCACCAGUCUAGAGCACUGCUUGAGGUGCAGAAACUGCAGUGUGUAUCACUGGACGAAACACCCACACCACGUUUAAAGAAAGACAUCAGAGCUGGAAACAUGCACCUCAUACAAGUUCUUCUCUACUUGGGGUUGAUUGUUGCGCUUGGUCCGGUGGGUCUGGGAGAUGUCGCAGCACCUUCAGUAACGGCUGAAGACAGCGAGCAGUGCUCGACGUGUGAGUUCCGGCAACACAGCAAACUUAUGAGACUUCACGCCAUCAAGUCCCAAAUUCUCAGCAAGCUUCGUCUCAAGCAGGCCCCCAAUAUCAGCAGAGACGUGGUCAAGCAACUGCUUCCCAAAGCUCCCCCGCUACAGCAGCUGCUCGACCAGUACGACGCCCAUAUGGAAGAGAACGGAGAUGGGAUGGAAGAGGAUGACGACCACGCCACCACGGAAACCAUCAUGACCGUGGGCACGGAAAAUGACCCAGACUACCAAGUAGACGGGAAGCCGAUUUGCUGUUUCUUCUCCUUCAGUCCGAAGAUUCAAUCUAAUCCCAUCGUAAAAGCGCAGCUUUGGGUUCACCUUCGAGCGGCCGACGAAGCAACUACAGUAUUCCUGCAGAUCUCCCGCCUGAAACGCGCAAAUGAAGCAUAUAGUCACACGCGAAUCCGCUCCCUCAAGAUUGAAGUAAAUGCCGGGACCAGCUCGUGGCAAAGCGUAGACGUGAAACAGGUACUCCAGGUCUGGCUGAAACAGCCGGAGAGCGACUUGGGAAUCGAAAUUAAUGCAUUGGACUCCAAGGGAAACGACCUGGCCGUCACCUCCGCGGAGACUGGAGAAGAAGGACUACAACCCUUCAUGGAGGUGAAGAUUUCGGACAGCACCAAGCGCCUAAGGAGGGACUCGGGCCUGGACUGCAACGAGCACUCCCCCGAGUCCCGUUGCUGCCGUUACCCCCUGACCGUGGACUUCGAGGACUUUGGCUGGGACUGGAUUAUCGCUCCCAAACGCUACAAGGCCAACUACUGCUCUGGGGAGUGCGAGUACAUGCACCUGCAGAAGUACCCCCACACCCACCUGGUGAACAAGGCCAACCCGCGGGGCACCGCCGGGCCCUGCUGCACCCCCACCAAAAUGUCCCCCAUCAACAUGCUGUAUUUCAACAGCAAGGAGCAGAUCAUCUACGGGAAAAUCCCCUCCAUGGUGGUGGAUCGCUGCGGCUGCUCGUGAACUGGCGGGAGUGCCGAGGGAGGCGGGGCCGGGGCGAGGCAGGGGGGCGGGGCUUGCUCUCGUCUCCUCCGCCUGGACUUCUGAGUUUCUGAAAGACAUCGGUGACCGGUGCUUUCCAUUCUCUGAAAUACUGUGCAAUAGAACCAGAAUAGCAGCGCGGUGCCAUCAACCACCAAGCUGAGUUUCACAUACUCGUCCCCCCCCCAUACCCCCACCCACUUUUUUUUUUUUUUUUUUUAAGACCCACAUCUCCUCUCCAGAAGUCAGAUAUCAAACUGAUGUCCUGCAGGUGUGGGGAAGAGUUGGAUCGGUUGGACUUGAAGGACAGACGUAGCUAGCGGAAACAUUAAUGGCAUCUCGUGACAAAAAAUCUGUUCUCUUAUAUUUUUUAUCACACUCACAUGCUUUUAUCCAAACAGCUUGGACAGCCUACAUUAAACUGUCAGCGCAAAUAAUAUAAACAGUAUUGCCUGACGAGCCUUGAGGACUUUUAAGAAAGGCUUAUGAAACUAGGUGAGAAGUUUAGAAUGGGGCUUUGCAUUCCAUUAACAAGUAUACAUGCAAGGCUUCAUAAUUUAACUGUAAACUACGGCUAUACUAUUACAUCAUCACACAAACUUCCCUACACACUUGAAAUGUUAUUGGAAAUCACCGUUACUGGACAGAUGGACUUGAAUUAGUGGCACGAAGAAUGCAGUCUGCACAUUGAGUUGCGUGAAAGACAGAGACUUGGAACUCAUGAAUGUUAAAACCAUGGUCAAACUCUGUCAAUGGAAACAGUUUGCACUAAAGCAGACCAAUAGAAAGGAUUGGUUGCUAUAAAAGUUGUAAAAAAAAAAAAAAGAAUGAUUUUGAUAUGUUUGCUAAUUUGUUUUGGGUACAUGCCAUGAUUUUCUUUGUUAAACGCUUUUAACAAUUGUAUAAGACCACAGACUCGCAAAAACAUGUAUAAAAGCAAAUAUAUGAUCUGUUACACAAAUAAAGGUGCUUGCU